AUGACUAAGCCUUGCAUGUUCACGACUCGUUGGUAUAAUCUUUUAAAGAACACAAUGGAUUCAUCCAUGCAAUCUAAAAAGGGCAGCCAAAAUCGCAAGACCAAAGACACCCAGAACAAGCCCCACAUGCCUCCUCAGAAAGAUGCCUAUGCCAGACUCCUCAGCCAGCAUCGCAGCAGCAAGUUCAAUUCUUAUCUGGAGCAAUUUGCAAGGAACACGUUGGGUCAAAGUGAAUGUAACACCCCCAACACCUCGCAAAUUCAGAGCGAUGGACUGAACAUACCACAGAGACGAAGGGAUCAACUGCCAAAUGAGUUUUCUGAUUCAAGUGACUUUUCUCCCUCUUCUCUGAAAAACAAAACUGAAGAGAGCUCCCUGUCCAUGUACAUGGAGAAACUUGGCAUUGGUAAUGGGCCUCCAGAGUUUGAGCUGAUACCAGGUGUGUCUGAGAGGCUAAGGAAAGGCCAGAGACGGGAUACAACUACGAGUCAUGAUGGGGACAUUGAAUCUGGCGAGGAAUUGAUUGCAUUAAAUGAAUCGAAGAAACAGCAGAAGCAGCAUAAGAAAAGUAUAGUUUCCAACGAAGAUGGUGCUCAAUCUCCAGACAAAAUAAGUACAUGUCAACAAGAAUCAGAGUCAACCAAGAAGUCCAAGAAAAAGAGCCCAGCAAAGCAGAAAGAGGAUCAGAGAAAUAGGUCCAGGCCUGAAGUCGAGGCCCAGAUGUCCCAGCUUUCAAAAAACCAAAAACUCCAACCAAAUAAAGGAACCAGUUCUCCAGCAGAGAAGAAGAAGAACAAAGGAGGCAAAGGGUCCAAAAAGCAAGUGUUUGAGCCGUACAUGCCGGUAGAGGAAGUCUCCCAUGGCCUGAAAAGAGGAGAACUCAUUGAGGGUCAGCUAAGAAUAAACCCUAAGAAAUACCAUGAAGCUUUUAUCUCUUGUCCUGACGAUGGCCGGGAUAUAUUUCUUGACGGGAUUGUAGCUCGUAACAGAGCUCUGAAUAGAGAUGUUGUGGUAGUGCAAAUCCUGCCUCGGGAUCAGUGGAAGGUAGUACGGUCUGAUUCUGACUGUGAUGGUGCCAGUGAGUCAGAAACGCCCCGCAAACAAACUAUUAAAGCGGUGAACAAGCAGCUCAAUAGGCCAGAGGGCAGUGACCAAGAUUCCUCUGUAAAUUGUGCCAAUGUUAAAUCCCAGGAUAAACCCUUUACUUCACAAUUCAGUGAUGACGAGCUACAGAAAACUGCAAAAGUGGUAUACAUUGUUGAGAAGAAGCAUUCGAGGGCUGUGACGGGCUUCCUGAAAUUUCUGCCUGAUAAAAAUUUUGCCAUGUUCUCUCCUACGGAUCACCGUGUGCCCCGCAUCAAUGUCCUUCUGUCCGACUGUCCACACGACUUCAGCUUUCGGCCAGAUGACUAUGCCAACACACUGUUUAUUUGCAGGAUAGUGGACUGGCCUGCUGACAGCAACUUUGCACAAGGACUGCUUGCCAAAUCGCUGGGUCAGGCUGGAGAAAUUGAGCCUGAGACUGAGGGUAUUCUGAUUGAAUAUGAAGUGGAUUUCUCUGAUUUUACAACUGAGGUUUUAAACUGCCUUCCCAAGAACCUGCCUUGGACCAUUCCACCAGAGGAGAUGCAGAGAAGGAGAGAUCUUCGGAAGGAGUGCAUCUUCACCAUAGACCCUGCAACAGCCCGAGAUCUGGAUGAUGCUCUGUCAUGUAAACUUCUCCCAGAUGGUAAUUAUGAGGUUGGAGUCCAUAUUGCUGAUGUCACUUAUUUUGUGGAGGAGGGCAAUGCUUUGGAUUUGAUGGCCAGUCAGAGGGCUACCAGUGUAUACCUUGUUCAAAAGGUGAUUCCCAUGUUGCCUAGACUGCUUUGUGAGGAGCUGUGCAGUCUUAACCCUCUCACAGACCGACUCACCUUCUCCGUUAUUUGGAAACUUACUCCUGAAGGAAAGAUAUUGAGCGAGUGGUUUGGCCGCUCGGUGAUCCGCUCCUGUAUUAAGCUAACUUACGACCACGCACAGAGCAUGAUUGAGGCACCAGAAAAGCUGUUCACUGCUGAGGAACUGCCUCCAUUUGAUCCAGAACACCCCAUUGAUGAAAUCCACCAGGCUGUGCUUCGCUUGCAUUCGAUCGCCAAGAACCUCCGCACACAACGUUUCACAGGAGGGGCUCUCCGUCUGGACCAGUUGAAGCUGUCUUUUACCUUGGAUAAAGAGACUAUGAUGCCUCAAGGCUGCUACAUUUACCAGUACAGAGACAGUAACAAGUUGGUGGAAGAGUUCAUGUUACUGGCCAACAUAGCCACAGCACACCACAUCUACAGACAUUUUCCUGAGCUGGCUCUGCUCAGAUGCCACCCUCCCCCCAAAGCCAAACUUGUACAGCAGCUGCAGGAAGUGUGUGACACUCUGGGAAUAAACUUGGACUUUUCUUCAGCGGGAGCUUUGCAUAAAACACUUAUUACCACUCUUGGGAAUGAUCAGUACUCUGCUGCCAGAAAGGAAGUCCUCACUCACAUGUGUUCAAGACCUAUGCAGAUGGCCCAGUAUUUCUGCUCCGGGCAGAAGACAGAUGAGCAGCAGUAUAAACAUUAUGCCCUGAAUGUUCCUCUGUACACACACUUCACCUCUCCCAUCAGAAGAUACGCCGAUGUCAUUGUCCACAGGCUUCUGGCCGCAUCACUUGACUGUGGGCCUAAGUUGGGGCUGCUCACUAAAGAAGUGCAAAAACAGGCAAUGCACUGUAAUGACAAAAAGACUGCAGCCAAAAGAGUCCAUGAGCUCAGCACCGAGUUGUUCUUUGGGGUGUUUGUGAAGGAGUGUGGACCGUUGGAGUCCGAGGCCAUGGUGAUGGGAGUGUUGGACCAGGCCUUCGAUGUGCUGGUUCUCCGUUAUGGAGUUCAGAAACGCAUUUACCCCAAGCACAUCAACGGUGUUGAGACAUUUCAUAAACGUAAGGUCGGAAAAACAACUGAGCUGACUCUUGUUUGGAAGCCAGAAAACCCCAAUGAAGCUCCAGUCCAGCAGGUAAUUUCCAUCUUCACUCGGGUUGAUGUGCAGUUGGUAUCAGACCGUGCAGCACUGAAGUACAGCGCAGAACUCCUGAGGCCCAACACUGAUGAAUCCUAAACUACACUUGAAGGAAAGAUUUUAUUUGCACAUUUUCUUUGGCACCUUCAUUACAAGACAUGGUGAUAUGUUAUAGUUUACUCACAUACUUGAGUCAAAAUGGGAUUUCAAUUUCUCUAUAUAACACUUGUGUUGCUCCAUAAUUACAUUUUUACCUGUUUUUCUAAAUUUGUUCCCCUUAGCAUUCAAAAAUUAUCAGCCACUAUGUGCUGUCUUGUUUAGACUAAAACAUAAAUGAUAUCAUAUAAAGAAUUUGAAAUUGUAUGGAAAUUUUCCACAUUUUUACUCUUGUCUGUAAAGUUGCAGCAAUAGCAUAGCUUUGUUUAUUGAUCUAAUGGAUCAGUGGUGUAAUAUAGGUUCUUUUACAUAGUAAUAUGUGUGAUCCUUUUUAACAUAUUUUGGUUCAAACUCUUACUGGAUUCAGGAGUGACAGACCUUUUUAGGUUUGUAAAGCAAAUGUGAGACUUAAACGUUUACAGGCUUUUUGUGAUGGCAGUAUUAUAAUUGUCUGUUAUUGCAUUGCACUGGUAGCGUAUUAACAAUAAUUAACAAUACUUUUAAUUGAAACAAAGUGUAUUAUAUGUGCUACUUAUGCUGUUUUUUAAUCUUUUUAAGUGGUUUGUUUUGAGCUGCCAUGCUCUGGUUUUGGAAAUAGGAUUACAGAAUAUAAAGCCUACGUCUGUGAUGAGUGUACUCAAGUCUGGAAAACAUAUAGUAAUUUAUCAACUCUGACUCUUAUUGAUUUUCAUACACUGUUGGAAAGGACUUGAAAGCAAACUACUGCUGAACAAAGUGGGUGGUAUUUUUUAAACAUGAAUUUUACAUGUGCGUGCCUCACAUUUUCUGGUAUUUUUAGUUUAAAUCUGUAUUGUUGAAGCUUAACAAGAGUUUCUUAGCUUUAGUUUUUCUUCUCAACACUACUAGCUGUUUUAAUGACUUGGCCUAUGUGUGUUUUAAAGGUGCUUUAUGUUACUUUUCUGGUGGAGGAUCCACCACCUGUAUAUUAUUGCUGUGCCUUGUUUCACAGUAUGGUAUCUAUCUCCAUGUAGACAAGUAGGUGACACCACCAGGCCAAGGUGCAAGUUAAAUCUGAGGAGAGGCUGCCUGCUCACAGUAGCAAUGCAAUGCAUUUAUUUUGAGCAACAAAACCACCUGUAAUUGAAUAACUUCAAGAUAGAUAAGUAUAAUGCUAUAUUGUGGAAUAUUUCAAGCAAAGCAAUAGCAUCUCUAUGCUGCAAGUGGCAGACUCCACCAAAAAAGGUACAUAGUGUACCUUUUUAAAGAAUAAUUAAAUUGACUUGUGUUCAACCUAUUUAGCAAACUGAAAGACAACAUCUGUAUGUUUUUUUCUAUGUAUCACUUCUGCCAUCAGAGAAAUGUACAGUGCUGUUUGAGUCUUCAGUUUAAAAUAAAUCGAAAUUAACUCAC